UCGUUGACCGCCACGUCGGAUUAUGUAAAAAAAAACAAAAUUGGACGGAACCCUCGAAAUAAGAAAGCAUUUUCCAAACUCAAAACAGAGUUUUGGUCGUCCGGUUCCCUCUGCCUCGCGUUCGAUCAUACUUCUACGUUGGUCGGUCGUCUGGGUUGCUUCCGGCUCCAUCGUCGUAGCAUAGAAGUUCUGAGCAACAUUUUUCCAGUUCCGUUGUGGGUCGUGUUCGAUCAGCAGUUGGUAGGUUGGAAGAAAUAUUUCUCCAUCGUCCAUCGUCCAUCGUGGUGAUCGUGAGCUGCUGCUGCUUCCAUCCUUUUAGUAGCGUAGAAGAUUUGUGUACAAGAGGGAGAAACAAACAAACCCGCGGGAAACCGUAACCGAAGCUGCAAUGCGCUGAAACAGAGCUCCAUUUUGUGAAUCCGGGACCGUGGGUCUCCAUUUUGUUUGUCAGCAUGGGAAAAGGGGAAGAAAACCCAUCUCCUUCAACAUCAUCUAGCUCCAAUCCCCCAAGCUCGGACAUCCCAACAACUACUCCAAAUCCCCCAAAUUACAUCCACAGUUACUAUGGAGCAAUGCCUGCUUGGUCACCGGCUUUUAUGCCAUAUCCGGAUAUAUAUCAUUAUCCAACCAACAUGCAGAUGAAUGAUAGUUACCCAUUUGAACAUGGGAUGGGAACUCCAGUGGAGCUCAUGGAUACAAGCCCCAGAACCGAAGAAAGAGUUGGUCAAGAGGAUACAGCCAGUUUUAGGGAAACAGGAGCCCCGCCAUGUUCCACCUCUAGAGUUGAUGAACAAUGUGAAGAAGAUAGGACGAUGAAUUCACCAGAAACUGGUGAUGGCACUGCUGAGACACCUGAGUGUGACGAAAUGUAUGGUGGUGAUAUGAUUGGGGAGCCAAAAGUGGGGAUGGAGUUUAAUUCUUUUGAAGAAUUAAUGAGCUAUUAUAAGCUAUAUGCUAAGAAAUGUGGGUUUGGAUCCAUGACACAAAGAAGUGAGAGGGAUGCCGAUGGAGUUGUGAGAUAUGUGACCCUUGGUUGUGCCCGUGGGGGAAAGGCCCGGAAUAGGACGAUGAAUGUCGCGAAACCAUGCCCGACAGGAAAGACUGAUUGUAAGGCAAGGAUUAAUGCCUUAAAAGUUGAAGGAAAAUUACGGGUGACCACAGUCCAUAAUACCCAUAACCAUGGACUAAGUCCACAUAAAUCCCGCUUCUUCCGAUGUAAUCGCCAAGUUAGUGAGGCUGUAAAAAGAGUACUAGAUACUAACGACUUGGCUGGCAUCCGAAUGAACAAGAGUUUCGGAUCUCUUGUGGUUGGUGCGGGAGGAUUUGAGAACCUCCCAUUUUUAGAAAAAGACUGUCGCAACUACAUCGAUAAGGCAAGACAUCUCAGACUUGGAGCAGGUGGUGCUGGAGCGCUUCGAGACUACUUCUCUAGAAUGCAAUACAAGAAUCCAGGAUUCUUUACCUUGAUGGAUUUAGAUGAUGAUGGGAGACUAAAGAAUGUAUUUUGGGCAGAUCCACGGAGUAGAGCAGCUUAUGAAGCUUUUGGUGAUGUGGUAACAUUUGACACCACGUACCUGACAAACAGAUAUGGGAUGCCCUUCGCACCCUUUGUGGGUGUAAACCAUCAUGGCCAGUCGAUUCUCUUGGGAGCAGGGUUAAUUUCGAGUGAGGACACCGAGACUUUUACAUGGUUAUUUCAAACAUGGCUGCAGUGUAUGAAUGGUAUAGCCCCGCCGGCUAUUAUCACUGACCAAGAUAAAGCAAUGAGAAAUGCUAUAUCUAUUGUAUUCCCUAAUAGCCGGCAUAGAUUUUGCCUGUGGCAUAUUCUGAAAAAAGUCCCGGAGAAGCUUGGAUCCCAUCGUGCCUACAAAAGUGGCUUGAAAACUCAACUAAUGAAAUGUGUGUAUGAUAGUCAAAACAUUGAGGAGUUUGAGAAAUCGUGGGAGGAUUUGAUAUGCACAUACUCAUUGGAAGAAAAUGUCUGGUUGAGUAGUUUGUAUGCUGACCGCGAAGCAGUGGGUACCGGUAUUCCUAAAAGACUAUUUCUGGGCUGGCAUGAGUACUACACAACGAAGCGAGAGCAUGAAUGCAUUUUUUGACGGAUAUGUUCAUGCAAAAACUAAUUUAAAGGAGUUUGUGGACCAAUUUGACAAUGCCUUGAAAAAGAAGAUUGAGAAUGAAAUCAGCUCGGACUUCCACUCAUUUGGUGUUUCCAUUCCUUGCAUAUCUAGAUCUCCAAUCGAGAAGAGAUUCCAAGAGUUGUACACAAAUGCAAAAUUCAGGGAAGUGCAGCAGCAAGUUAUGGGUGUGCUCGAUAUGGAUCCAUCAUUACUUAGACACGAUGGUGUGACAAAGACAUAUUUGGUAGAAGAUGAAAUUCGUGUUGAGGAGUUCACUAAACAUGUUACAUACUAUGUGGACUUUAAUGUGAAAGAAUGCGAUGCUAAGUGUUCGUGUGGGUUAUUUCAGAUGAGGGGGAUACUAUGCAGACAUAUCUUGGCCAUAUUCAAGUCUAAUGGGAUAAAAUCAUUGCCAAAUAAAUACAUUUUAGAUCGAUGGAGGAAGGACAUCAAACGGAGAUACACGUUAAUCCACAGUAGUUAUGACACUGGUAGUCAACGGGAAGAUACUAACAGAUAUUCUAGUCUAUUGAAUAUCUGUUAUCAGAUGAUUACCCUUGCAGCAGGUUCGAAAGAUCAUACUGAGGAUGCUACUAAAAAGUUAUAUUCCAUGAUUGAGUUAUAUCAUCACGAGCAUCCAGCCCCUCCAAUGACUCAAACGGGUUCUGAUUUUGGUUGCACACCAAAUGCCACAGUUGGUAGUUCUCAGCAAGUACUCAGUCCAAGAGUUGUGCGAGGAAAAGGCAGACCCCCAAGUCUGAGAAGAGCAUCUAGGAUGGAGCAUGCUUUACGAAAAGUAAAAGCGAGGACGAAUAAAACAACUGUAGAGGGAAAACGUAAAGAGCGAGAUGGAGGAUAUAGGCCAGCCCAGGACACGCAUAGGAAUUUAUUUGGACCAUCUGAGAUAGAUAUCUAGACUGUCGCAAUGAGCUCAGCUCUACACAUGAGUGGAACCCAAAAUAUGGUCGGGAGUCAAGAAAGUAUGCAACUCGGGUUUGAUGGAUCACAAAGUGUGCAACAUGGGUUCAACAUGAGUGGAAAUUAAUGCAAUGAGAUAUGGGAUGCAGGAGUAUUAUUUUGUGCGGAUGUGAGUUGCUGAUUUUUACUAACUGGUGGGAUUCAGAAAGUUUUUAUGGAUGUUAAUGGAAGUUUAUUUCUAUUUCCAUUAAUCUGUGGUUUUUUCAUUGAAACAAGUUGAUGAAAGUGAGUGGCUUGGAGCAGAGGGCUCCUGCUAGUUUGCUUUGUAUUUUGUGCCAUUAAGUUUUAGGAUGCACAAUC